GUCACCAACACUACGUUGGGUCAAGUCCCAAGAUGCGCAUAUACAACAAGGCAGCACGGCCGACUGACUUUAUUCUCCUACGAACAUCAACAUGUCGGAGACCGAUUUCCAGAUCUUGAGCUUUAUCCACUUCAAAGGCUCGGACAAAAGCAAGGAGCCUCUUACAGCAGAGGAUCUUGAAGGAAAUACCUGUUUGCUAUGUGAAAAUGGCUGUGAAGGCUUCUCAACACACUCUUGGAGGAAAUUUUGUAACUCAUGCAAGUGCUCCCAAGAACUUCAUGUUAAGACUUUAAAUAACAAUGAACAUAAUGAACCAAAGGACCGUAUGUGCGUUGAAGAGGAAAACCCACCCAUAUUGUCUGGUUCCGACUUAGAACAGGCUGCUCUAGAAGGAUUUGAAUGGGUGCCUAGAGGUUUAGACAGUGAGCAGAUUCAUCAGUAUAUGAGUCUCUUACCUGGCGAUAAAGUCCCUAAGUUGAAUUCCGUUGGAGCGAAAUACCGAAGGAAGCAGCUUGCUUUACAACUGCCACUGCAAGACUUCUCUUCCAAGCACUGUAAAAAGCUAACACUGGAGCAAAAGAUGGCCAUGGAAGACUUCAACGAGAAAAGGCUCAAAAAUGCUUUAGGGAUAGGGAGUGUACGCCCUUCUAUAACAGAAGAUGCAACGUGCAGUAAAUGUAAAGAUACUAUUAGUGCUGCAGAGAUGGCCAUUUUUGCCGAACGUGCUGGGCCCGAGUUCUGUUGGCAUGUGCCGUGUUUCGUCUGUGAAGAAGAUGGUGAACUAUUGGUUGACUUAGUCUACUGUUUUAAGGACGGUGCCCUCUAUUGCCCACGACAUUGGGGUGAAAGUCAAAAGCCACGCUGCGCAGGAUGUGAAGAGUUAAUUUACGUAGGAGAAUAUUCCCAAGCAAUUGAGAAAAACUGGCAUCCAGGUCACUUAUGCUGUUCCUUCUGUGACGAAUCUCUUUCGAAUCAAAAGUUCGUGACGGUAGAGGGCAGACCAUCGUGCUUCAAGUGCUACGAUUUGAAUUUUGCUAACACAUGUGAAUCCUGCAAGGAACCCAUUGGCCCCGGAUCCAAAGACGUGGACGUUCGUAACAAGCACUGGCAUGAAGACUGCUUUAAGUGCUCUCAGUGUAACAAACAAUUGCUCAGCGAAGGGUUUACUUUCAAAGACGAGAAGUUAAUUUGUCAUGCCUGUCGUGGAAUAAACCCAUCGAAGGUUUGUGCACACUGUGGUGGGGAUUUUGCUCCUGGAGAGAAAAAAGUUGGCUAUCAAAAUAAAACCUUUCAUGAUAGGUGUUUUAUUUGUGAUGAAUGCAAAGAGCCAAUUGGAAGCAAGCAGUUUAUUCGUAGGGAUGACAAGAGACUGUGCAACAAUUGUUUUGAUUCCAAAUUUGCCAAGGUAUGUUUUAAAUGCAAAGAAGUGAUCAGAACAUCUUCAGUGCAGCAUUCAGGAAACGUUUAUCAUAGUGAGUGCUUUAUUUGCUACCACUGCAAUAAUCCUCUGGCAGGGAAACCAUUCACCAAACAAGAAGGAAAUAACGUGUGUCAAGAUUGCUACCGAGAACGCUACGCGAAAAGGUGCGCAGCUUGCGACAAACUCAUAGAAGGAAACACCAAGUUUGUGGCCUAUUCAGAAAAAUACUUCCACCGUGAUUGUUUCACUUGCUCCAAAUGUGAGAAGCCCUUGGCAGGCGAAAAGUUCCGUAUUCGAGAUGAGCAAAAGGUUUGCCUCAGCUGCGACGAAUAAGAAAAACAAGCCUGUAUCAUACUCUGGCUGCAUGUUGUGACAAGAAACUCACUAAUAUGAACAAACAAAAACUUCUUAAAUUUAGGAAAAUCUGAUGAAAGGAGACACAAAAUACUUCAUUGGUUCUCAUUCCAAGUUAUUUCCGUUGGUAAAUUAUUAAAGUUAAAAAUCACAUCUUUAAGAUUUGGCACUUCUAAUCCGCCCCUAGCUUCAUAAGUUCCCGAAACUCUUCAAGUGUUACUGAACUCUUUCAAAAGAAAACUAGCUGAAGCGGCUAUCGUAAUUGCAACUUCAAAUAAUGAUGAACAAAUUUGAACUCAAAGGUGUUACGUUUUCAACAUUGAAUCUCAAAUUUAGGAAGACGAUAAAUUUCUGUCUUUCAAAGAGCACACACAUCGUUUGAUCAUUAUUGAAUAGUUUUAUAGAUAUUAGUAAUAAGUACUAAUUAACAGACUGAGCCGCUAGCUCUGGUGUACAAUGACUGAAACUUCAGUGCAACUUUACGCCCGCGGAAUGUCAGUCUUGUCUUUUAUUGGUCUGGAAUAUACCAGUCGUGGAUGGACCUAGAAUGAACACUAAGUAGUACCAGCAUAAAACUCGGCUUAAAAUGACUGGUUGGCUUCUCAUAGUCGUAAAUAUGUAUAAGUGUUAAAUUACGGGAAGUAUAUUUUCCUGUUAGUAUUAGUAAAAUAAAUUAAUAGUAAUGAUAUGUUUGAAAAAUAAUAAUAAUAAGAGAGUUAUGAAAUUUAAAAGUGAUCUACUCUCGAUGUUUAAUUCAGUGAAUUACUGAAAAAUCAUAACUGAGAAACCCUAAAGGUUUUAAAUGAAAAUUUGUAGCAUCUACAAGAAAAGAACAGAAAUAAAACCGAUGGACGUCUGUAUCUGAUUAUAAAGCGAGAAUUGAAGAAACCGCUGAAUAAGAAAAGGGUGUGACAACACCAUUAAUAGUGGAUUGAAUUAAAUGCAUUGUGUGCUUGAUCUUGA